UAAUUACAGCUUAGGCAGAGAUAGGUGACACACUCUCCUGGUUCCACAGGCUGCAUGCGUAGGUAACAACUCUGCUGUUCCACUGACAGGAGGGACACAGGGCCCAGAAACCACUUUCCUUGUUCUCAGAGAUUUAUUUUUCACCAGAAUUUCAGUCAUGGAUUUGUUCCUGGAUUCUGGCUAAAUAUGACAGAUUUCUUUCUGCCAGUGUCAAGCAGUCAGUCAAACUGGAUUUACCAAAUUUAAAGGACAAGGGAUUAUUUGCCAUGUCUGUGACUGCCCUGUUCAGAGGCAAGUGGGGGCACAAGUCACAGGAAACCCCAGAGAAGCAUCCAGUAGCUGUGGUCCAACCCAGCCAUGAGGACGAGGAUGACGAGGAUGACUCCAGUGUUGGUUUCAGCAGAGAGCCUAUUCGCAGGAACUCGCGCUUUUACCGGUCAAUGAGAAAGAAGAGGAUGGUCUCAUCUGAGCAGUCUGAAUAUUCUCCCAGGCCUGGUUUGGACCCCAGUCCGUCUAACAGAUCAGGACUCAUCUCCCCUAAUGCUCCUUUAUGCCCCAAAUCACCUUUUUUGCCCAGGGCUAGACGAUGUAGCCCUCAGCCUUCACCACAGCUCCAUCAUUCCAAAACUGUGUUGCCAAGCAAUGGGGAGGCCAGCAGCAGACAUGCUCUGUACAACAGCGAUGCUGUGGAUAGGAGAAGAGGAGGAGUGGGAGGAGGGAGGAGUUUGGACAUAUCUGCUGCCUCCAACAGCCAGCAUCGAGAUUUUACAGCUGACAUGAUCACUUACCGGACUCACAACAUUCAUAGCGAAGACAUUAUAAAGCUGUCGGAGCAAACAGCUGCAGCUUGCACUGUUCAGGAGAUCAGAGGGAAAACCAUGAGCUCACAACGGCCCAAUUCUAACAGCACAGACCAGGAUAACGCCAACCUCAGGUUUCCAAGCAAUGGAGCUCGCUCCCAGACAAUCUGCCACAGCCUCAACAUCGUCAAAAACAUUGCAUUCCUGUACCAGGAAUACCGGGACACUUCCAAGCAGCAGGAGAUCGAGCAACGGCGGCAGCGUGAGAACCUUUGUCCAAAGGUCACAGCAGAGACUGUGGUGGCAGGCUCUGGUGUCACGUCCCCUCCAGUGUUACAGCUGCAGCUGAGGAACAGUUCUCGGUCACUGAGCUUGUGGCAGAACCUGGAAGCUGUGCAGGCCAGUGGCUUGCUCACCCAGUUACCGCAGAAAGAAAUCAUAAUGCAAGAGGCCACGUUUGAGCUCAUUACCUCAGAAGCAUCAUACUACAAAAGUUUGGAAAUUUUGGAGACUCACUUCCUACGUGACCCUGGUUUAAUCAACACUCUAAGCCAAUCCGAUGUGCAUUUUCUGUUCUCCAACAUUGAGGAAGUCAUGAAAGCCAGUGAAAGGUUCCUGAUGGAUCUUGAGCACCGAAUUGAGAAGUCUAUUUUGAUCCCUGAUGUGUGUGACAUUGUUUACCACCAUGCUGUGGAACACUUCAAUGUCUUCAUCAAAUACGUCAUUAACCAGGUGUACCAGGAGAAGAACUACAGACGCAUAUUAGAGGGAAACCAGGCAUUUCGGGAAGCCAUGGCUGCACUGGAGAAUCAUCCACAUGUCAGGGGCCUGUCCUUCACCUCGUUCCUAAUCCUUCCUUUCCAGAGGAUCACAAGGCUCAAGAUGCUUGUACAAAACAUCCUGAAAAAAGCAGACGAAAACUCAGAGAGGGAAGCAAAUGCUAUAAAAGCACAUCAGCAACUGGAGCAGAUUGUGAAAGAGUGUAACGAGGGGGUGCGAAAAAUGAGUCGCACUGAGGAGCUAAUCAGCAUUGAGAAAACACUGGAGUUCAAAUCCAAGUCUGUGCCCAUCAUUUCCCACUCGCGCUGGUUGCUAAAGAAGGGUGAAGUGCAGCUGAUGGCUGGACCGAAGAGUACCAGGACCAUGCGGAGUCGUAAGCUCUACCAACCGGUCUACUUGUUCCUUUUUAACAAUCUGCUGCUGGUCACCAAGCGCAGCUCAAGUGGGGAGAAGUUCCAGGUUCUUGACUCAUGCACACGGGCCAUGUUGAGGACUGAAGAUCUUGAAGACCAGGGCCAGCUACUGGCCAAUGUCUUUAAUCUUAAACUGCUGGAGAACCAAGAGGAGCGUCCAGUCAGCUACAUGCUCAAGACCUGCAGUAUGAGUGAUAAGCUUCGAUGGAUGUGUGCUCUCACUCCUAACCGACGCACACGCUUCAUGUCUACUAGUGCCCACCAACCAGACUCUCCCCAGGUGCAGUGUAUUCAGUCGUACUCGUCUCAGGAGCCAGAUGAACUCUCUAUUGAGAUGGCUGAUGUUUUGAACCUCCUAGAGAGAACAGACGAUGGCUGGAUGAUGGGUGAAAGGCUCCAUGAUGGCGAAAGUGGCUGGUUCCCUAGUCGAGUAGUAGAGGAGAUCCAGAGCAAGGAGGUCCGAGCUCAGAAUCUAAGAGAGGCCUUCAGGAUUCUGCAGGCCCAGGAAGGUGGAGGAGGCCCGCCAACUGGAACCAGGGUUGGUUUAAGGGUGGGGAGACGCACCCCACGGGCCUCCAACUUCUCCAACCCCUGAAUUGAUCAAAUGGGGGAGAGCAGUAGAGUAAAUCAGUGAAGCAGUAACAGUGAUGAAUGUCUCCAUUCAGGGCCAAGUGCGCUAAAACUAAUCAGGAUACAUGUGACUUAAAUCCCAUACAAUGGCAUCUUGUGCUUUUGAUUUUCACUUUUAGAAAUCCAAAUGAUCAACGUGUUUAAGUCGAUAACCUUGUACAAGCAAUGCUGCAUGUCUCAUAUAAACGUGUGCUGAAGGUGUUUUGUAGGCCCAAACACUGUGGUGUGUAAUGCAUGGAGGAAAGCUCUGUGUUUCAUUAGGAGCGGUGUGCAAGGAUGGCAAGAAUCCUAAAAGUCUUGUAAAGGUACUGUACUCAUUAGUGAUGGCCAAAUGAAGCAUCGUGAAGGUUUGUGAACCAUUGUCUGUAUUUUCUAAGCCUACUAGAUGGCGCUCUCUGCUCAACAAAGGGUUGAAAUCACACUGAGUUGCCAUUCCUUAAGCCAUUUCUUUAAACAAAAGAGCGCCAUCUAGUGGCCUCAGAAAAUAAAUAAUAUGCUUCACAAGGCUUCAUGAAGCUUCUUUUGCCCAUCACUAGUAAACAUUCCUCAGCUGCAUGGGCAAGUUUUAAAAUUUUAAUGUGUUAAUUUUAUUGUAAAAUACCUGUCAACACUGAGUUAUAUCCCACAACGCAAAUAGACAAAAUAAAACACGCUGCAAAAAUCGGUGCAUUGGGCUUUCAGGGCCACUGUACAAGUGUCUAAUAAAAUUGUCUUGUAUAAAAAUUAGCAAUGAUUAUUUUAAAAGCCUGUUAGGGGUGGUACGGUUCACAAAACCCACGGUUCGGUUCGUAUCACGGUUUUAGGGUCACGGUUUUCGGUUCAGUACGGUUCUUAUUUUUUCUUUAA